AUGCGAUCAAAGAUGAGCGACAAUGCUUCAUCCACCUUCAUUGGGGACAAUACCCACGGGUCUACUCUGAACCAAGGGUCCAUCAUCACUGGGGACGGCUCACACGUCGGCAACAUCAACCAUUUUCACACGGCUACACCGGAGGAUUCCGCGCGCAAAUCAUGUCUGAGAGACCUCCUGGCAGCUUUGGGGGACGAUCCAGACGACUAUCGGCAGAUGCUCGAAGACCGCAAGGGACCGAAAACACUGGGCACUUGUGAGUGGGUUUCGGAAACCGACGCAUACAAGAGCUGGAUCGCCAAGUCUUCCAGCCUACUAUGGAUCUCCGGAGAUGCCGGCAAGGGGAAGACUAUGCUUUCUCUCCAUCUCGUCAGCACACUGAAGGGCGACUCUUCAACUGCACAUGUCGUUCACUUCUUCUGCAGUCGAGACCACAGAAGGAACAAUGGUUCUUCUAUCCUCCGCGGCCUUAUCUAUCAACUGCUCUCUCAACGUUCAUCGCUGUUCGAGCAUAUUCUGGACGACUAUGACAAGCACGGAGCUAGUCUAUUCGAUGACAGAAAGUUCCAAGCCCUUUGGGCCAUCUUCGUUCGGAUGAUGCAUGACCCAAACAUCGCAGCCAUUACAUGCAUUCUCGACGGCUUAGACGAAUGCGACGAAGAGGGUCUCGAAGACUUCUGGGUGAAGAUCAAAACCCUAUAUGAAUCCGAACAUCAACAGAACUCCGAACUCUCGUCUCACUCCUUGAAGCUUCUCGUCGUAAGCCGCAACCAUCCUUACUCCAUUCAGCAAGCAAUGGAUAAGUUCCCCAGACUGCGUCUUGAACCCGACAAUGAACCACAUGUCGGAUCUGAUAUCUCCAAAUUCGUCGACGAUCGUACAUCCAGUUUGCAAUGCCCAACUGAAGCACGAGAGUACAUCAAGAAAAGGCUAUGCGAUCGAUCGGAAGGAACCUUCCUAUGGGUCAGCUUCGCCAUCAACGCUUUGAAGAAGGUGCGAGUUAUCGAUAUGGAACGUACUGUCGAAUCUUUCCCUCGUGGGCUCGAUGCCAUGUACCGUCGUAUGUUGCUGGCAAUCUCCGAGCACGAAAGAGACAAAGUUAUGGAAAUUCUCCGGUGGAUCACGACCACAUUUCGUCGACUGAGCCUCGUUGAGCUGGCUACCGCCGUCAACACCAUCCCUGCGAGGGGCCAGACCCUGGAAGAGGCGGUCACUGAUGAGGUCGCCUAUGCGGGAGACCUGUUAUUCAUUGACACACAACGUGACACUGUCGCACUCGUGCAUUCCUCGGCCCUAGACUUUCUCCAUAACAUUGCGCAUGAUGAUAUGGACAUGGGUAUCUUCCAUUUCGAGCCUACCGUCAUGCAUGCCCAUAUCGCUCGGUUCCUCUUCGAUCAUACUAACAUGACUUGA